GCCCCGCUACUGCCUUGGGCAUCUCUGUCGAACGCACUGCUGCUCUCCGCGGCUCAAUUUGCUCCGUUAGCUAAUAUUUGUGGGUCUGCCUGCUUGUUUUUUUUUUUUGGGUGUUGUUGUGUGAAGAUUUUGGAAGACCGAUCGGAGGAGGUGGAAAUUUUGGGCACACAACAACAACAACAGCAACAAUGCGGUACGAGAUGAUGGACGAGCUCUCCAUCGGCUGCUUUAGUUGUCUCAGUUCGAUUGGGCAGACAAGAUCAGCGAGAGUGUGUCUCAUUGGAGCGACAUCUGGUUAGUGAACGGCUAGUGGACGUUACUGUUCGGAUUUUUAGUAUUUGUACAGCGAAUCAUUUAAGGAAGUAAAUUCCAACAUGGUCCUUUGUCGGCUAAUCAACACUGUGUGUGCAGUGAUCUUCAUCUUGUCGGUCGUAAAUCAGCUCCAAUGUCGGCCCCUGCCCGAUCAUCCCGCAGACGGCGAUGCGGAGGCCAAAAUCCAAGCUGACCGUGAGCUGCUCAAUACAGUGACCUACGUCGGCAACAACAAGGUGUACGGCCUACUCUCCAAUGAGCAACCGCCGAUGCGUGAAGCAAAGCUCGAGAAGGAGGACUUUGACUCAAGCUUCCUCACCAAGCUGGACAACGUGCAGAAGAAGUUCGUCACCAAGGGCAAUGUCCCAGCGCUGGUGGAUCAAACGCAUCCCAAGGAUUAUUACGGCAAUGACGUCAAAGAUGAAGCCAUUCGCCGCGGUUUCGUCGGAAUAGUCGAACAGUUGUCCAACGUUUUCAACGCGAUCGUUGAGAAAGUCCCCAAGGGAGCAGUCACAAACCUGAACAAGAGUGUCCUGAACCGUCUCAACCAGAUCGGUGCCGUGCUGGUCGGGCUUGAGGAUGCGAAAAAGAAGUAGAGUCGUGG